CGCCCUCGUCUUUCCGUGGGCCGUUCUCGCUCUGUUAGGGUGACGCGAGCAUUUCCGGCAGCACGUGAAGGCAGCAGCUGUGUUUGCUGAACGCGUGCCGUGUGCGCCGUGGAGCCCCGCCGACUACAACAAUGAGCGUAAGCAGACGUGUUCGGCUAGUUUGAAUUGAAGCUUACUUCAGUGAAACUGGCCCUAACAUUCACCACAUGUGCUUAUUGGGGAUUUCCAAAGCACUAUUAAAUGGAGCUAGAGGACCAAUGGUGGAAAGGACAACUGGCUGCAGAUAUAUACGAGGCGCUGCGAUACAAAGAGCUCAAGUUGCCUUCCUACAAAGGCCAGUCCCCUCAGCUCAGCUUGAGACGAUACUUUGCAGACCUCAUAGCCAUUGUCAGCAACCGCUUCCAGCUGUGUCCCGCGGCCAGACACCUGGCCGUCUACCUGCUGGACCUCUUCAUGGACCGCUAUGACGUCACGCUGCAGCAGCUCCACAUGGUCUCCCUCUCCUGUCUUCUGUUGGCCAGUGAGUGUGUGCUUGCCUCCCCCCCUGGCGUCCAGUCGCUCACACUGCCCAUUGGCCCGACUCUCCUCUCCCUCAUCCUCUCUGCAGGUAAAUUCGAGGAAAGGGAGGACCGGGUGCCGAAGCUGGACACGCUUAACAGCCUGGGCUGCAUGAGCUCCAUGAACCUGGUCCUGACAAAGCAGGGUCUGCUCCACAUGGAGCUCCUGCUGCUGGAAACCUUCCAGUGGAACCUGUACUUCCCCACAGCUGCUCACUUCAUUGAAUACUACCUGUCUAUAGCCGUCCAGGAGGGAGACCUCCACGAUGGCUGGCCCAUGACCAGUCUAGAGAAGACUAAAUUAUACAUGGCCAAGUAUGCUGAUUAUUUCCUAGAGGUUUCCCUACAGGAUCACGUGUUUCUGCAUUUCUCCCCCUCGCUGGUGGCGGCCGCGUGCGUGGCCGCCUCCCGCCUCAUCCUCCACCUGUCGCCCACAUGGCCUCCCCGCCUGCUGCGCCUCACCGGCUACACCUGGGAGAUCCUGGUCCCCUGCGCCGAGAAGCUUCUCAUGGCACACGACAGUGACGUGAAAGAGGCCAACAAGCAGAAGUGCCCGCAGCCCAGCCAGCAGCAGCAGCAGCAGCAGCAGCAGCAGAUGACGUACCACAGCUCAGGCCCGAGCGCCGCUGUGCCCCAGUACCUGCACAGGCCCAGCAUGCAGUUCCCCCAGCAGGCUCCACAGCCCGGCCCGGCCCCCGGUCUCAGGCCUGCGUCCUACCUCGGCCACAGCGCAGGCAGCCUGCAGGCUCCUGCCGGCCCCCAGCACAGCACCAGCCAGGCCAUCACUGCCUCACUGGAUCCGAAGGCCAGCGUCCCCAGCAGGGCUUACCAAGUCAGCGUGCAUUAUCCCUGCGCCGCUCCGUGCUUCGACAGAUGAUGGGGUGUCCGGGAUGUAGUUAUCUCUGGGGGAGGAGGAGAAAAGAGGUGGGGAUCCGUUUCCCUCGAACAGAAAAGGGAUGCCGUGAAGGAAAGCAAGAUUGUUUUUAAUUUGAAGAGACUUGAAAGGUGGUGCAGCACUUUGAAACAUAAGGUGUACAGAAUGUGCAAUAUGCAUCCUCUGCCGUAGUUUCUACGGGGAGCCUGCAUGAGGAGUUUUCUUUUUCAAGAUGUUUGAGAGCGAUAUCGCAUAUGAAUGAUGUUGUGGCAUAGAGGCAGAGUUUGCACCACUGUACUAGUGUUACUGUAUAAUUUAACCGCAGACCACAUGAGUAUUAAUUAAGUCAGCCAAAGUACCUCAAGUGUUUAAAUACCUCGUGGCUGUAGCCUUUGUGACUAAGUUGAAAGAACAGUAAAGGGAUUUAUCUCAGUUUGUGGUUGUUGUAAGAGAGCACAGUUUGUGUAGGUGUUCCGUUUUCUUGUUUAGUUUUGUUUUUUUUUCUUGGUUUGGUUUGGUUUUGAUGAUUCCUUUUGUAAAACUAGGAAGUAGUAUACUCCUCUAAAUGUCACAAAUUAUUUACAGAGAAUAUUGUUUCUCUUCCAGAGAGGAUUUCAUUCAGUGCCGUGCACUUUAGCAACGACCAUUUUAAAUAAAAUACAGAUCUGUGUUUAACCGA